CUCCCAAGCCCCGACGUGAUGACACUACUACGGUGUUCAUCCACGACAAAGAGCCCAGAUCUCAGAAGCAAAGCCAAUCUCUAACAAUCCUUUUCAAUUUCUCUCUCUUUUGUCGGUGGUGAAGAUGGAGACUGCUAGCAAGAACAAGGAGCUUGAGCUGAAGCACCUCGGUUUCGUGAAGAUAGCAGCGAUUCAGGCGCUGGUUUGCGUGUCGAACCUGUACGAUUACGCCAAGCAGAACUCCGGUCCCCUCAAAUCUACGGUCGAGACCGUGGAAAGUGCCGUCACCGCCGCCGUCGGCCCCGUCUUCGACAAGUUCAAGGAUGUCCCCGACAGUCUCCUCGUCUUUGUCGACAACAAGGUAGACGAAGCUUUAGACAAGUUCGAGAAGCACGCCCCUCCACUGGCUAAGCAAGUGGUCAGCCAAGCAAACAUUUUGAUCCACAAAGCCUCCGAGAAGGCUCAUAACUUUGCAAAAGAGGCUCAGACCGGAGGCGUAAAGGCGGCUUUCAACUACGCAGCGACGGAAUACAAGAACUUCCUCGUUACCAACUCGGUGAGGGCAUGGACCAAACUCAACCAGUACGGACCCAUCCACUCUGUGACUGACAAAGCCUUGCCCGUCGCUGCCCACUUGUCCGAGAAGUAUAACCACCUGAUCAGGGACAUGUCCCAGAAGGGCUAUCCUAUUGUCGGUUAUCUCCCGUCCGUUCCCGUCGACGACAUUGUCAGGACUUAUCGAAACGAAGAGACAGCACCGAAGAAGGGAGAUGCUGCUGGUGAUGAUGUUGAUGCAACGAAAUCGUCGUCUGGUUCCGACUCGGAUUGAUUAAUGCAUCAACGUUUUGUUUUGUCGAGUGUGGGUUUGUUUGGUCUUGUCUCUUCAGGGUUUAUAGCUUGAUACCAUCUGUAAAUGAUCUUAUGAUUGUGUCCUGAUAUAUGUUCAUGGAACCCUCAUAUGAAUACGUGCCUUGAAAUUUGAA